CACAAAUUCAUAUAAAUCGAGUGAUGCGGCAUUAAGCAGUACCUGAGACGACGGCGGAGCAAGGCAAACGUUGCAGAAAGAAGGAAAAACACAUAAAUGCAGCCACAGAUGCACUGCUGAUCUAAAUAUUAUAUUCAUUCAUUAAGGGAAAUUCACUGUGCUUCACAACGUCUCAUCGUCUCUCAUCAGCAAAAAUGACAAGGGCAUGCGUUGUUUUUGCAUUAAUUGUGAAUUAUGUUGUUUCUUUACCAGUAACAUCAGAUCACAUGGACAAUAAUGACGUAAAGGUGAUGAAAUGUAUCGUGGAGGUGAUUGCUGAUGUUCUGUCCAUCCCCGGGCCCAAACCUGUCAGCCGGGAGUGCCUGGACACCCUGAGAGCAGAUGAGCGGCUCAUUUCCAUCCUCCGCCACCAGAACUUCUUGAAAGAGCUUCAGGAUAUUGCUGCUCAAGGGGCCACUGAGAGAGCCAAUCAGAAGAAUGCGAUUGGGGCUGGUCACAUGUUUGACAUGCUGGGGUAUUCCCUGGGUUCAAGAGAGUUAGCAGACCAAUCCAUGCUGGUUGCUUUGAGGGCUGCUCCAACUGAGAAGAGGGAGGCCAGAUUGGAUGUGAAGGAAAUGUUUGCCAGCAAGGCAUCUGAAGAGCCAAACAGCAAGGAACAGGAGAGCAGGCAAAACCAAAAGUUGGUUAUCAGAACUCAGGAGGAGGAUAAGCAUGGGCCAAAACAGAGGGGGAAGACCAGUUCUGAGGAAGCUGAAGAGGAUCAGGUUAGGAGUGCUGCAGGGGAAUACAAGAUGCAAGCUGACACAGGACACAAGCUAGAGAGUAGUCAUAAGGCAGAGCUCAAGGUGGGAAAACACAUGGAGGAAGAAGAGAAGGAGGUGGCAAAAAAGGAGGAUGCAGAGAGGUCUCCUGAAGGACUGGACAGUGAGGCAGAAGGAGAUGAAGAAGAAAAGGAUGAGGAAGAGCAGAUCAAACACUGGAACAGAAUUGUCAAAAUGACAGAGAAGUCAUCUGAGAUGGAUGUAGGAAGUGAUGACACCUUCACAGCUGGAGAACAGCCCAUGGCGCUCAACCCGUCCCACCACUCCAAGGAGGACAGUGAGGAGCAAAUCCAGGAGCUCCAGAUGAUGGCUCGCAGGGAGCCCACUGAGCGGAGAGAUGAUGACGGCAGUGGCAGCAGGAAAGCUGAGCAGGACCAGGAGAUUGAGAGCCUGGCAGCCAUCGAGUCGGAGCUGGAGAGCGUGGCCCAGAAGCUGCACAAGCUCAGAAGAGGCUGAGAGCAGAGCAGGGACCGCUCCUCACUGCCCUCCUCUUCCUCUGCACCCCGUUAUGGACACACUCCGGCUUUCUGAAACGGGCUGCUGCUGAAAGAGGGAUUUCUUUUGGUACUGUCCCUGUCUCCCCUUGCUGCUCUGUUCACCUCUAUGGCCCUUCCUCUCCCUGAGCUGCCUUAGCUCCUCCCACUCCCUGAGCUGCCUUAGCUCCUCCCACUCCCUGAGCUGCCUUAGCUCCUCCCACUCCCUGAGCUGCCUUAGCUCCUCCCACUCCCUGAGCUCCUCUCCACUGUGCCUCCUCACCCUCAGUACCCUGUCUGCUUCAUUAAUGAUCUUUGCCCUCUGCAGAGCUACAAAAAAUACUAAGUGGCACUAAUUAUAUUUAUAUCCUGAGAUAUUUAUGAUUUUCUGUGUUGGCUGGGGUGUAGGAAAUGAAUCUAGUCUGCAGGCAAAUGUUUAAAAUUUAUUUAUAAAAUAUUAUGCUUUGUUAAGAAGACAUUAAUUGAAAUAAUCAUUAUGAAAAACUCAUGCAAUAAAUAAGAAUUUUUAAUAGGCAAAUGACAACUGUAUUUAAGAGCUAUGGGAUUUAUCUACAAAAAUCAAUAAACUAGAUGGAAUUACCUGUAAA